CACAGCGGGAGUACUUCGUGCGGGGAGCGGAGGAGACUGUGGCGGCCGGUAGUGGGGCCAGGAGCGAGCAGAGGAGCAGAGCGCGUUGCCCGCCCGCCGCCUGCCACUAGGGGAGGGGGAAGACAGGCAGAAAGGACGGACUGACGGACGGAACUGCUAACCGGCCGGUCUAGCUUCCCAUAAGGGCCGGCUCGGCCCUGACCACCAGCCUCCUAGCAGCUCUCCGCAGAGCCCCGCCGGGCCCUCGCAACGGGUCAACGUCCCAGCCCUCAGCAUCCGGCCGCAGUUCCCCGGCGGCAGUCUCUCGGCUCCUCCCGCGAGCAGGGGGAGGGACUGCUCCCGCCCCGGUUCUCCCCGCCCCCUCCUCCGCCCCCCGCAACCCUCUCCGCCACCGAGCCCGCCUCACGCCGGCUGCGCUGACCCGGGAAGCGGUGCUCUUCGCUCUGCGAGCGGGCCGGUGGAGGCGGAGGUAGCGGCUGGUUUGGGGCCGCCGGGACUGCCGAGUGGGAGCUGGAGGCCGGCCGAGGCGGGCCGUGACGGAAGUGUGAGGAGGCGGCGGAGGGGCCCGGGGACUGUGAGGCGGCGCGUGGCGGCAGCUCGGAACGUGAGAGGCGAAGACCCGAGGUGGGGGGCGCUGGAGCGGCAGCUCUCCCGCGGCCGCGAGCCUCAGUCCCCUGUCCCCGACGCGGCAUUAGCUGCUCCCCUCAGCUCAGGCGGGCGCCCGUCUACCCUUCCCUCCCUCCGCCAUCGCCGCUCGAUCCUACCCGGAGCUGGAGGCCGGGUGGUGGUGGGAGCGUGGGGCCCGGCUCUCUGAUUCAUUCAUUCUCUGUCGACGGAGAGCCUCAGACCCGCUGUGCUCAGAAGAGAGGAGGGAAGAGAGGACAGCGGUGAAUGAAGGGCCAGGCACGAGUCGGGCUCCAUUGUGCUCGGCCGCGGGGGGCGGGAAGGGGCUGAGGGAGGUGGGAUCAAGCCCCCUCCCCCUGUUCCUUGGCGUGCGCUGUUACCCCAGCCUGCUGCCAGACUGGAUAUGGCUCCGUUUAUUCUCCUCGGGAGAAUGAAUCGAUCCUGCCCAGUCUUGUCUCCCUCCUCUCCACCUUUCUGCUCCUAGUCUUAGGAGGGGAAGAAUUAGACACAUUCCAAUGUGGAGUGUCGUGCACGUCGCGAGCUGCCUGCUUUGCACUUCGGGGAGAUUUUUCUAUAUAUUUUUUUCUAACGUGAGCGCAGAGAAGCAGUGACAUUGCUGCUUUUAGAAUUUUUAUUUUCACGUAGAGAUCUUUAAAGUGCACGUCGUAUUGGGUUUCACGCUCCACCCCCAGGGACCUGGUGUGGAGAAAUUUGAACCCGCAGCCUUAGUAGCACCGAAAAGGCCGAGUUACCUGGCUCUCCCCGAGUGUAGAGGAGGACAUGAAGGAAAUGACCAGCGAACUCAUUUUUUAUUGGACUCGGUGAAACUGGAUUCCGCGUUUUCGUACAGACAGACUCGUUUUGUGGAAUAGAGUUGACCGCUAUCUCCUCCGCGAAGCAUUUUAACUCUAAUAAGCAAAUGCCACCUCAGUUUGUUUGAACGUUUUGGUAUUUAACGAGAGAGAAAUCAUCUUUCCUAAGGAAACCAAUUGAAUUGUCGACAUCAUCGAAAUACCCAGAAAAGGAUCUCGGGGGGUGGAAAGCAACUGCAAAAAAGCAGACGGAGAAAUUCCUUUGGAAGUUAUUCCGUAGCCUAAGAGCAGAAACUUCAGAGCAAGUUUUCAUUGGGCAAAAUGGGGGAACAACCCAUCUUCAGCACUCGAGCUCAUGUCUUCCAGAUUGACCCAAACACAAAGAAGAACUGGGUACCCACCAGCAAGCAUGCAGUUACUGUGUCUUAUUUCUAUGACAGCACAAGAAAUGUGUAUAGGAUAAUCAGUUUAGAUGGCUCAAAGGCAAUAAUAAAUAGCACCAUCACCCCAAACAUGACAUUUACUAAAACAUCUCAGAAGUUUGGCCAGUGGGCUGAUAGCCGGGCCAACACUGUUUAUGGACUGGGAUUCUCCUCCGAGCAUCAUCUCUCAAAAUUUGCAGAAAAGUUUCAGGAAUUUAAAGAAGCUGCUCGACUAGCAAAGGAAAAAUCCCAAGAAAAAAUGGAACUUACCAGUACGCCUUCACAGGAAUCAGCAGGAGGGGAUCUUCAGUCUCCUUUAACGCCAGAAAGUAUCAAUGGGACAGAUGAUGAAAGAACACCUGAUGUGACACAGAACUCAGAGCCAAGGGUUGAACCAACCCAGAAUGCAUUGCCCUUUUCACAUAGUUCAGUGAUCAGCAAACAUUGGGAGGCUGAACUGGCUACCCUCAAAGGAAAUAAUGCCAAACUCACUGCAGCCCUACUGGAGUCCACUGCCAAUGUGAAACAAUGGAAACAGCAACUUGCUGCGUAUCAAGAGGAAGCAGAACGUCUGCACAAGCGGGUGACUGAGCUUGAAUGUGUUAGUAGCCAAGCAAAUGCUGUGCAUACCCAUAAGACAGAAUUAAAUCAGACAAUACAAGAACUGGAAGAGACACUGAAAGUGAAGGAAGAGGAAAUAGAAGGAUUAAAACAAGAAAUUGAUAAUGCCAGAGAACUACAAGAACAAAGGGACUCUUUGACUCAGAAGCUACAGGAAGUAGAAAUUCGGAACAAAGACCUGGAAGGACAACUGUCUGACUUAGAGCAACGUCUGGAGAAAAGUCAGAACGAACAAGAAGCUUUUCGCAAUAACCUGAAGACACUUUUAGAAAUUCUUGAUGGAAAAAUAUUUGAACUAACAGAAUUACGAGAUAACUUGGCCAAGCUACUAGAAUGCAGUUAAAGAAAAUGAAAUUUCAGUGCCAUUCGAUUCAAAGAUACACUGUCUCUCUUCAUAGGACUGUUUGGACUCUGCAUCAGGAUUGCACAAAAAGAAUUUGAAUAUCACUCCUCCAGGAGGAGGAUCUUUUGAAAAUUGAAAUUGUAUAUUUCAUUGUAAAAUUUAGAAUUCAGCUUGUAGCUAGUUGGGGAAAAAAAGAGAUGAAAAACUUGAACUACAAAUUACCUCCUUGUAUAUUAUUGGCCAUAGUUAACUAGAACGUUAUAAAUAGACAAUUAAUGCAAUCUUUUUUUUCUUAUAUUAGCCAGUGGGAGAAUUAACAAUAUCUGGGUCACAGCCCCUUUUUGUGUUCAACACAGUGAAGGUGAUCUGCUUUUUAAAUUACUUUAUUUAUGAUAUCAAAGAGCUGUGUUUUGUGCAAAAACUUAGUGAUAAAAGCCCUGUCUUUUGUUGUAAUCUGAAUAAUUUCUCAGGAUAUUUUUGUACUGCUGAGAAGCAGUGCCAUUACUAGUCAAUUCUUGCCAAGAGUGAGAGAGAGCUGCAUCUUUAGUGGAAACACACUUAUAAUAACUGAGUGCAUAGAGUGCUUCCCUUUUUUUAUACUGGAAGAUAUUUCACUCUGGUGACCACUCCGGUACACACUGGUGUUCUCUAAUCUUGUCCAUUGUAUAGUUUACUUUUCCAUAUUGAUUCCAUGUAUUUAUGAGAAGAUAUUGUCUCCCAUUUUACUAUACAUUUUAAAGCCAACUAAUGAAGGCAGCUGAGUCCCUCAGAAAUUUUUCUUUUUAAAUUUCUAGUAAAUUUGACACACAGUACUGAAAUACAGCAGCCCGUCAUUGGUGUCUGCUCUAGCAAUGUUAAGUAUAUUUACAGUAUAUGCAGUUACAUUUAUUUAUAUAUUUUGCAAGAAAUCUUUUCUGAAUGAUCAAUGCAUUUCAAUUUAAGAAUAAUAAUGGUUAUUGGGGAACUGUUUAUUAUAGAUCAUUUUAAGGUGUAUAGAUAUUUUAAAAGGGAGCCAUUUACAUCAAACAGCCGAUCAGAGGACUGUAUCUAAAUAGUGGUCCUGGCAGAUGGCGAUGGAGACGUGUACUCUCUGUGGGUCUUCACAUCAACCACAUCUAUAUUCAAACCUCACAAGGCAAUAUUCUGAACUGUUAACUAGUCAUUUCAAAACCGGAAUUAAAUUCAAUGGGCUCUUCUCAAUGAACAGGUUUUAGUGUUGUUUGAUGUAAUUUUAAAAGACUUUUAGCAAACAUGCAUUUCUUUAUAUAUUUCUUUUAAGAAGCUAGUUUAAAAGUAAGCCGAGUGCUGUGUGGUCUGCUUAUGGAAUAGGAAUUGCAUCAGAAUACAUUUAUUCUUGCUAUACAAUGCCUGUGAUGUUAAGGAGGGUUCUUUUUAAAAGUGUAUGCUUAAGUAUCUGACUCCAUGGAGUCUACAAAUGCCCUGACUUUUUUGUUUGAACCCCCAAAUGAUUGAAUUGUUAACUACAAAAUUAAGUUCCUUAAUCAAUUUGUAACCAUUUUUUCACUCAAAAAUAGCUAUUCAACAUUAGACAAUUUUGUUUUAUAUGUAUGUAUAUGUACGAACAUACAUACAUACAUAAUUUAUAUUAGAGUGAAAAAUAAAUGGCUUGUUUCCAAAGUUAGUUUCUAAAGUGAGUUUUCAGGUGUCUCUGAAAAGUUUAUAUCAGACACUCAGUCAUCAUGUAUUAUAUGUGCUUAUAACAUCAUGUAAGUUACCUCCAUCUAUUUUAGGAUAUUUUUCUCACCUACUUAUUAUAGGAAGAAUAAUUUAGGUACAUGUUCUCAGAGCUGAGAUAUUUCUCUGAUAAAUCAGGUAAUAAAAUUUAUUUGAUUGAUGGAAUUUUGAAGUAGAUGUGAUUUUAUCCAUCAGUUUCUGAGUAAUAAAAAGCACCAGCUUUUAGUUUAAAAGGGGGAAUUAACAGUAGGGAUCAGAGAAUUUAGUUAUGAAGAGUUAAAAAUUUAUAAAAAAUAAAACAGUGUAAGCUUUUGAAAUGGUAAGUGAAUUAUUUUAACGAUGUAAGAAAAUAUUUUUAAAUUUUGACGUAGGUGUCAUUUAAUGGGAAAACAACUCAACAAAAUGUCUCCACUUGAAUUGUAUUGCUAGGUGAGGCAUAUUGUGUAAUUACAACUAUACAUAUACCCAUAUGUAUAUACAGAAAAUUAUUUUUAAUAUUUUCCUACUGAUAUGAAAUUUAAAAUUGGAAAUUUUGUGAGAUUUUUCCUUGUCCAAUAGAAGCUAAUUGUUUCCUUUUUUAGUGGUUUAACGAAAUAUUUCUUGAGGGCUGCACCUUUAAAUUCCCAGAUUGUCUAUAGACAUGUACAGUAUAUGGGAUAAGGUGGACACAAGUGCACAUAUAAAUAAAACCUUAAGGCUUUUCAACAUUCAUUUACAGUAGGAGACUAUCUAGAAAUUGUCAUCUGUAAGUCAUAAUUAGGUCAUGUGCCUACUAUAGUUUUCUCCGUUUCUGUAUUAUAGAAAUAAAAGUUUGCAUAUUAAAAUUUGAUUUCUUUCCCAGAGACAAAUAUAUAAUGUAUCUAUAUUUAGACCAAACUGUGGUAAUAUAUUUAUCAGAAAAUAAUGUUGGGGACUAAAGCCUGAACAUGUGGACUUGAAGUGACAGAAGAGGAGAGCAGAGGUUGAUCCCAUUGUGUAUAAUUAUAUGAUCACUUUGAAUUCUUGUACAAAAAAAAAAACUGAAAAAAAAUACAGUUUUUAUUUUGAAAUACAUUUGUUUUCCUCUGGAGAAUGUACUUUAUCUUUUUUUCCUUCAGUCUUUUACAGAUAUUUAGGUGUUUAAGUGAUGGCAGCAUUUACUUAAAUCGCACAGGUGCUACUGGAUUUUGCAUUAGUGUGUUAUGUUGUGAAAUCCUAACUUUGACAUAAAAGGUUUUAUACAUAUUCCCCUGCCUGGAAAACUUGUUUUUGUUCUUUCUCUCUCUCUCCACCCUCCCCUGUUCCCCUCCACUCCCCUCUCUCCCUUCCCAGAGUAAAAAAUGUUCAAGGCGUGGUCUUCCUCCUCAUCCCUGCAGAACUCCAGCACCAUCAAGGAUUUGAUGUUUUGCUGUCAUGGAACUGUUGGGAAGCAGUUAGAGAAAAAAAACACAUAUAUUUUUUUCAGGUGGAACUAAAAGGAACACUCAAAACUGAACCUCUGCCACCUUUGGAAACUCAUUACUUUGCCCUGUUAAAAUUAAAUUUUUUCUUUAACCCA